AUCAGAGUUACCGAAAUACUCGCCGAUCAGUGAGACUUGUCGGAAGUGGACACAAAUGAAUACAGCACACAGACAGGAUAAUUGCUGCCUUCUUAUGUUUUUGUGGCGAUUUUUAGGAGAACAUUUUACUGGUGGAAAGUAAAAGUCUCCAAACAGGUGAGGCGUUUCUCUUGGCCACGCCCAUCCCGGAAAAUUGUCUAUAUUUUUAUUUUAAGGUGACGUGGAUACGGCAGCAGCUAGUCGCCUCCUCUCGAGUCAUCUGGAGGUGUUAAAGAACACUGACCAUAAAGAAAUAAAGAGAGGAGAGCGCGGCUUGAUCCCGAGCCUGGGCUCGGAGCAGGAGGAUUUCUGGACUUCAGGCAGAGGAAACAGGGACUAAGAUGGCGACUCUUGGCUGGAUCGCAGGCUCUCGGCUGUUUCUCCUGUGCCUGUUUCCACAAGUUGCCUGGACAGCCACUUACAAGGAAGGCGAUCCGGUCAUGCUUUAUGUGAAUAAAGUCGGGCCUUAUCAUAACCCCCAGGAAACCUAUCAUUAUUAUACUCUCCCUGUCUGCAGACCCAAAGAGGUGCGCCAUAAAGCCUUAAGCCUGGGAGAGGUUUUGGAUGGUGACAGGAUGGCAGAGUCUUUAUACAACAUUCACUUCAGGGAGAACACCGAAAGACAGACACUAUGUCAGCUCACACUGUCGGAGAAAGAGGUGGAUCAGUUGAGAGAAGCAAUCGAAGAGCUGUAUUACUUUGAAUUUGUCCUGGAUGAUAUUCCAAUCUGGGGCUUUGUGGGAUAUAUGGAGGAAAGUGGAUUCCUGCCUCACAGUCACAAGGUCGGGUUGUGGACCCACUUGGACUUUAAUAUCGAAUAUAAUGGCAACUCUGUGAUCUUUGCCAAUGUGUCUGUGAAAGAUGUGAAGCCGGUGCCUUUGGACGAGGGAGGAGGUGACGGGGCAAACGUCAAUAAUGGAGGUCUCUCAGUGACCCACACCUACAGCGUACACUGGUUUGAGAGCCACUUGCCUUACACACGCAGGGCUGAGCGUCUCCGAGACUACUCCUUCUUCCCAAAGACUCUGGAGAUCCACUGGCUGUCAAUCAUCAACUCGCUGGUGCUGGUGGUGCUGCUGCUAGGCUUCGUUAUCAUCAUCCUUAUGAGGGUGUUAAAGAAUGACUUUGCCAGAUAUAAUGUAGAAGAAGAUGGGACCUGUGAUGAUCUGGAUCAGGGUGAUAACGGCUGGAAGAUCAUUCACACGGAUGUCUUUCGUUUUCCACCAUAUAAGAGCUUGAUGUGUGCUGUGCUUGGAGUAGGAGCUCAGUUUCUCACUUUGGCCACCGGAAUUAUCAUCAUGGCAUUGCUAGGGAUGUUUAACGUGCAUCGCCACGGAGCUAUAAAUUCUGCAGCGAUCGUACUGUAUGCGCUGACCAGCUGUGUGUCGGGAUACUGCUCGUGUAGCUUCUACACCCAGAUCCAUGGUCACCGCUGGGUUUGGAACAUCAUCCUCACCUCUACCCUCUUCUCUGCCCCUCUCUUUCUGACCUGGAGUGUAGUAAACUCCAUACACUGGUGGAGUGGCUCCACACAGGCACUUCCUGCGUCUACGGUGCUCCUGUUGCUAGGUGCUUGGGUACUAGUGGGUUUUCCCCUUACAGUCAUUGGGGGAAUUGUGGGUAAGAACCGGGCCGGCAGUUUUCAGGCUCCAUGUCGUACACGCAACAUUCCACGCCAGAUCCCAGAGCAACCCUGGUACAAACACACAGCUGUGCACAUGGCCAUUGGAGGAUUCCUGCCUUUCAGUGCCAUCUCAGUGGAGCUCUACUACAUAUUUGCCACCGUUUGGGGUCGGGAGCAGUACACGCUUUACGGUAUCCUGCUCUGUGUCUUUGCAAUCCUGCUGUCUGUGGGAGCCUGCAUCUCUGUGGCUCUCACCUACUUCCUGCUUUCAGGUGAAGAUUAUCGCUGGUGGUGGCGAAGCAUCCUGAGCACGGGCUCCACCGGCAUAUUCAUAUUCGUCUAUUCACUUUUCUACUAUUGGAAUCGGUCAAGCAUGAGUGGUCUGGUGCAGAGCAUGGAGUUCUUUGGCUAUUCCUUACUCACUGCAUUCGUGUUCUCACUCAUGCUCGGGACCGUUUCAUUCUGGGCCUCUCUGGCAUUUAUCCGUUACAUCUACCGUAGCCUGAAGAUGGAUUGAAGAACACUUGUGCACUAGCCUGUUUUCUUUUUUUUUCUGGACACUUCAUUGUGAAACUGUUUCUGACAUCAAACUGGAGGAUAGUUGUUUUUUCGGAAAAUGGACUAUAAACUCUUUCAAACAUUUGAGAUGUUCUCAAAGAGAGACUGAUGUUUAAAAUUCCUAAGAUGCAUAGUUAAUUUAAAUUAUAUGGUCAGCAAAUUAUUUGCUUCACAAUAUUUGUAUCUGAAUGACAUUGAAAGCAGAGUGGAAAACUACUGCAUGUUCAUUUAUUGCAACAAAAGUUGAAUCUGACUUGUUUAGUCACGGUAUUUGGUUCGUCCAGUGCAUAGUGCAUUCAGUGAUCCAGAUAAACAGUUUAAAGUUAAAUCACAGAACUAGUACUUCAUAUGGGCUCUGAAAUCCGAAAAUGUUUUAAUGUAUAGCUUUUGGGAUAUGUGUCAUAGAUAAGGUGUGUGUGUGUGUGUGUGUGUGUAUGUAUGUAUGUACACAUACACAUAUAAAUGUGUGAAUAUAUACAUUUAUAAAGGGACAGGUUUUUUAAACAUGGCAUCGACAAUAAGGUUAAUUAUAACAUUAAAGGCGCAGGGAAACUGGGUGACAGUGACCUCUCACUGAGCAUUGAAUAUUCAUGAAGGGAAAAGUUUAUGAUUAUAAAGUGGAAACAAUCAGACCAAACUAGCAAAAGUAAAAAACUAUUUAUGCUAUAUUCCAUCUGUAGCAGUAUUAAGAAGCCAAACUAAAUAUACAGAACAGGAAGUGUCUAGUUUAAGGUCUGUUAGUUUUGUGUGUGUCUUUGGUGUGAAGCAGGACAGAUUUUUGUGAGAUUCAGGUUUUAUCAGAUAUGAGUAAGGUGGGACAUUGGAGCAAUAUGUUCUACUAAUAGUCACCAUUUACUGUGAUCUCAUUUCUGAUGUACAUAUACACAAUCUUUUCAAUAAAAGCUACCUUUUUCCUACAA